AUGGCGUGCAACAUAUUACACUUACUUACAAUUGUGCUUUUCUGUGCUUUUAGCGCUUCUGCGAACACCACCGUCGACUGGUGGGAGUCCGCCACACUCUAUCAGAUCUAUCCUCGAUCGUUUAUGGACAGUGACGGUGAUGGUAUAGGUGACUUAAAUGGCAUUACAUCUCGUUUGGAAUUUCUCAAGGAAAUAGGUGUGACAGCUACAUGGCUUUCACCAAUCUUCGAGUCACCGAUGGCAGAUAUGGGUUAUGAUGUAGCUAAUUUCACGAGCAUUGACCCACUCUUUGGGUCAAUGGAGGAUUUUGACGCUAUGGUAGCAAAGGCGCAUAAAUUGGGUUUAAAAAUUCUAUUGGAUUUUGUGCCCAAUCACUCGAGUGAUGAGUGCGAAUGGUUCCAGAAGUCAAUACGUCGCGAAGAUGGUUACGAUGAUUUCUAUGUAUGGGAUGAUGGUAAAAUCGAUCCAGAAACGGGCGGGCGUACGCCGCCAAGUAAUUGGAUAGGGCUUUUUGGUGAAUCUAUGUGGACUUGGAAUGAAGAACGCCAACAGUACUAUUUACACCAGUUUUUAGCCAAACAACCUGAUUUUAAUUACACCAACCCAAUGGUACGAGCACAUUUGAUCGAGGUUUUGGAAUUUUGGCUUGAUCGUGGAGUGGAUGGUUUUCGCAUUGAUGCAGUACCAUAUUUCAUAGAGAAACGGUUUGAAAAUGGUACAUAUCCGGAUGAGCCUAUUAUUAUUGGAAAUAGACCUGACCGAAUUUAUACAAAGGAUCAACCAGAAAAUCUCGAAAUAUUAUAUCAAUGGCGCAAAGUUUUAGAUGAAUAUCAGCGAGCACAUGGCGGUGACACCAGACCACAAAUUGCCGAGGCUUAUUCCCCCAUUAAUGUUUUGAGCGAUUAUAUCAACAAUGGCACUUAUUUUGGUACUCAACUGCCAAUGAAUUUUAACUUUGUUGGAUUAAGAGGAAGUUUCACUGCAAAGGAUGUUGAAAAAUUCGCCAAAGAAUGGAUGGAUAUAAUGUGGACGAAUCAUAAGGUGGCCAAUUGGGUAGUAGGAAAUCAUGACAACAGUCGUCCAGCCACACGCAUAGGUGCUACUAGGACAGAUUUGAUGACGAUGAUAGUGCAUGCAUUGCCCGGCACAUCUGUUACUUAUUACGGAGAUGAGAUCGGCAUGACUGAUGGAGACAUCGACUGCACAAAAAGAGUUUGUGACUUCCGGGACCCAGAGCGUACUCCAAUGCAAUGGGACACUUCAAAGAAUGCUGGGUUUAGCACUGGAAACUCCACUUGGCUACCCGUCAAUCCUAACUACUCAUAUCUCAAUGUACAGACUCAGCGAGGCGUGGCACGUAGCACCUUGAACAUAUACAAGGGAAUGACCAGGUUGAAACAAACGGAAGCAUUCAAGGCGUUCAAAGAAGAUGGUGGAUUUUCGUAUGGAGCUUUGAAGGAGCAGAUCUUUCAAGUUGUGAGAACUGCUGUUGGUCGUGAGGAGUACCGUUUACUAGCUAACUUCGGUAGCCAGAUAGAAUAUUUAGAUGGUUUGACGAAUAAGACUAUGGAGUACGUGUUGCUCACUUCCUAUUCACCUCACAAAUAUGGCGACAAGGUCGAUUUAAGUCAACGAAUUUAUUUGAUGCCAUAUGAAGCGGUAAUGCUGCGGUGGGUUGCGUGA